UCCGGUUGCUUGGCGCGAUAGCUCGCAUUGACUGGUGGUCUGUCAUCGGAAUCCGUUGUGGAUUUUGGAAAACCUACCAGUAAAAGUAGAGAAUUUCGCUUUGGCUGUAAUCUAGCACCCAUUAGAAGUCACUUAGUGGCAGAGGAAAUGUGUUUGUUUUAACUGCAGAAAAGUGUGAAAAACGAAUACCAGCCCAGUUGAAUAUUAUGAAUGAAAAUAGUGUCGUGUUUUAAUAGGUUAACAUAAGUGCGUUAUGUGAAAUAAAUAGUUAGGACACUUCAAUAUUUAAACAUUGUUUUCAUUCACAUUGUUGACUUUAAAUCUAUGAGUCACCGAAAACCAGUUUGAAUGAUGUGUUGAGCGUGUUGCAGAACGAAGAGCUUUGUGUCGUGUCGUGAAAGGUUGAGCUGUUUUUUUUUGCUAAUAGGCUAACCGGUAGGCAGUUUACCGGUUUUGAGCUUGAUAGCAGAGUUAAGCUGGAACCAUCCCCCUGCGACCGUGCCGUGUGUGCGUGCGUGCAUGUGUUUUGUUUACCGACAACUCUUGUUUCCGGUUUCCCAUACAUAAGAAAGCGGGCUGGGAGAACUCGUCGCUGAGAAAUUCCAGAACGCAACAAAGCAGAUCAGCAGCAUCUCAGCAAAUGAAGAAACGGCUAACGGCAGAUGACACACUCCCCAGAAGUGACGUGUUUGGUUUGUCCCUGACAAGAAAUUGACCGAUCUCGCGUUGUUUGACGGCAGCCGUGUCCGUGGGAAGACCCAUCGCACCGUCGUUAGCACCAUGAUUUAAUUGAGUCGCUUGCUCUGUUUCUGUGAACAGAAGAAAAUUGUGUAGUCGUAGGACAUUCGUAUGAUCCCACAGUGAAAGUGAAACAACUCAGUUAACCGGAAAAAAUGAAUCUGAAGUAUAUCUGUUCGGUUCUGGCGGUGUUUAGUGUAAAGUACAUAACCUGUGAUAGUUUGCCGUGUGAUUUCAUCGAUUCCGUGAACAUUACCGACGGGAUCCGAGACGAGUUGGGAAAUAUCAUUCACAAUAACAUACUGUACAAACCCAAAUACUACCGGACCAUCGAUUACGAUUAUGAGCACUUUUCGCAGAAGAAAUUUGUGGACAACUACAUCCGGGGAUGUCCCUGUGCGGUUCGGUUGUGCGUAAGAAUGUGCUGCCCUCGGGGACACGUGUUCCACCAGCGGAAGUGCGUACCCACCGAUGGAACGCUGGAAGUUCGGGUAAACUCGACACUUUUCAAUACACAGCAUAGCUUCGAAGUGAUCGAUUUGGUGCAAAAUCCGAUGUACGGAUUUUUGUACGGGAAACCGUGUGAGUUUGUGUACGAACUGGAUCCAGCGGAGGAUGAAGGAGAUGAGUGGAACUUUGCAAGGAAUGGCAGCAUCAUUUACGAUACCAAACUGUUGACGAGGAACCAAUAUUGCUUCAUGCAAACGAACGAUUCGGAGCCGGUGGUACCGUUUGUCUGCUUCGAGCCGCAGGAAGAUUUCAAAUAUGCGCUGUACCCCAUCGGCAUGCUUCUGUCGGUGCCGUUUCUGAUGGUCACGUUCUUCGUGUAUGCGUGCAUCCCGGAGCUGCGGAAUAUGCACGGAAAGUCACUGAUGUGCUACGUUUUUGGGCUGGCCGUUGGCUACACCGUGCUGUCGCUGGUCCAGAUGCGGAUAUUCGAGGGGGACACUACCCCCUGCAAGGUGACCGGGUACAUGGUGUACUUUUCCUUCAUGGUUAGCUUCUUCUGGCUCAACGUGAUGUCAUUCGAUAUCUACUGGACGUUUAGUGGCGUUCGUGGUCCCAAAAGCACCGAGCGAAAAAAGUUCGCUCUCUAUUCCCUAUACGCCUGGGGCUGCCCGGUACUGAUUGUGGCGCUGGCCUUAGUGAUGGAUCAUACAGAAUUGAUACCCGCCAGUUACCGACCCCAGGUGGGUGUGAAGCGUUGCCUGCUGCAAGAGGAUAAAUAUGUUGAAUUCUUCUACCUGUACUUGCCGAUGUUGCUGCUGGUGUUUGCGAAUGUAAUAUUUUUCGUUAUUACCGCGGUGCGAAUAAUAAAGAUUCAGCGGGAAACCUCGAUGGUAAGGCGUGGAGACUCCAAGCGACAUUCCAAGCUGGACAACGAUCGUGAUAGAUUCGGGCUCUACUUGCGGCUGUUCAUCGUGAUGGGGGUGACCUGGUCGCUAGAGGUGAUAUCUUGGGCCGUGGAUAAUGUGGCGUGGAUUUUCUACAUCUCGGACGUGUGCAACUGCAUCCAGGGUUUCCUGAUCUUCAUGUUGUUCGUGUGGAAGCAGAAAGUCAAACGACUGAUCUACAAAAAGUAUGUUCGGAAUCCCUCUGGGCGAUCCGGAGCCAUCGCUGUCAACCUGCAGCACGCGCACGACGGCAACGGUCAUAACGUCCUCGUUCAACGGGUCAAGAUCGGAGAAACCACUGGUGACACGGAUCAGUGUGGAACACAGUGGACCGAGAACACCCUCGACACCGACGGACACGGCGGCCAAACAGUUAAAGCUGCACCAGUUCGGCUGAGCAGCACACAGCCAAUGCUGCUGCGCGUCAUCAGCGUGGAUCGGAUGACCGAGGAAAGCGUGCUAGUGCACUCGCAGGAUGAUGAGGUACGAUCGAACUGCGGCGACGACAGCUAAUAAAGUAAAGCCAAAGAUGAGCUGGAGUUUUUUUAUUAAAUUACUAAGUACAAAGUGUGUAGAUUUAUGUGCGAAACAAAAUGUAUGUACAAGUAGAUGUACAAGACAUAUUGUAGUACUGUGUGUCAAAUUAUGAGUAACGAGAGCCAUUCUAGCAUAAAGUUAUUGAAAAUUGUAACUCGUAAGGCAUAUAAUUUGGUAUACACUUAAUAGUAGAUAGGUUGUAUAUAUUAUUAUGCAGAAAUGUAAGAACCUCAACAAUUUAGUGCCGCGGAGAGUAUUUUAUAUGUAGGAUGAUGAACCAGAGUUUUAUUACCAGACAACGAAUGUGCUUGAUGAUGCAUUUUAUUAAACGCUGUUGUGAAUUACAUAAAACAAUAUCAAUGUUGAUUGCUGUUUAUGUUUCAAUCACUAGCAGAAAAAGCUACCUCCAAUUGCAACAAGUAUAAACAAUAUUAUGUCUAACCCGUCACAA